UCGCCUCCCUCGCCACUUUAGCCGAGAGUUGAUAAACCCUGGUUUCUCGAAUCGUUCCCGAUCGUUGGAUCCAUUCCGAGCAAGACCCAUUUCCCGAGAGUUGGAACCCCGAUAAAACCCAGAUCCGAUUUGGGAAAAGGGAGGGGUUUUGAGAUCUUCGGUUUCUCUGGAGGGGGAAAAGAUGGCUUUUAGAGGGAAGGAGAUGAUGAAGAAGGUGCUGAAGAAGGUGGGAGAGAAUAAUUUGGCACCUGGGCUCAAAGAAAAGCUCAAAAACUGCGUUCCCGACAGCAAAAUCGUUAUGGGCAGAGCCAAACGCGGCCUCUUCGCCGGGCGUCAUAUCCAGUUCGGCAACCGUGUCAGCGAAGACGGUGGCAACAAAUCCAGGAGAUGUUGGAAACCGAACGUCCAGGAGAAGAGGCUGUUCAGCUAUGUAUUUGACCGGCAUAUCCGAGUUAAAGUGACCACUCAUGCUCUACGUUGCAUAGACAAAGCGGGCGGGAUAGACGAGUACUUGCUGAAAACGCCGUACCACAAGAUGGACACGGAGACGGGGAUGUACUGGAAAAGCAAGGUGGAGAAGAUGUACGAGGAGCUCGGCCAGAUGGAAGUAGCCUUCUUCACUCCGGAGGACGAAGCCAAGUUUGAGAAAGGGUUCGAAGACUUGAAGCUGGCGAAGAAGGAGGCCCGGAGGGAAGCCAGGCGGAAGAUGUAUGGUUGGAAAGGCUUGGGAGGAACGACGGGCGAGGAAGCCUCGGCCGGGAAUUCUCUGGAAGAAGGGUCGGAGUCUCACCCGGAUGAUCACCAGUGGUUAGCGGCUAAUGCCUAAACUGUUCUUGCUUUUGCGAUUCUCGUUUCUUUUUUCCCUGAGCACUGAGUUAACAACACCCACUACUCUGUUCUUGAAGAUAUCCUUUGAGAUCUUUGAACUCCUUCUUUGAUACAGUUUACCAAUUUAUUCACGAGGUAUCUAUCAUCUUUCAUUA